AUUAAACUUUUAAUAUAAAAUCUGUUUUGCAUGUUGUUUUGGUUCAUAUGAGUCUGUCUGUCCCGUGAGAGAACUAGUAAGACCACCUUCGCAUUUCAAAAGCGGGCACUACUGUAUGUACUCAUGCGCUCGUGCACAUGUCAGCAAUGGAUCUGUUCUUUUUCUUGUAACUGUAUUUACCGAGCUCCUCACUCAUGAAUAUUUCUCAGAGUAGUGCGGGUCUCGGCACCGUGCUGCCUCUUACUAGUUUCGAGAACAUCCUUUUGUUUCUCUUCAGUAUAACUCUCGCCACAGCCAUCAUUUGUAUCAACGUGUCCGUGUUUGUGUCCAUCGUGAUGAACAGAUCCCUGCGCAGCGAGAACCGCUUCAUGUACAUGCUCAGCACGUGUCUCAGUGACUUCUGCACGGGCGUCUCCUAUUAUUAUGUUGGAGUUAUGGAUGUACGCGAUUAUUAUGACUCACCGACUCGCACUUUCAACAUCGUUGCCACUUUUCUGGGUCUGUCCUAUAUGGCGAUUCUGGCCGCGCAGGCGGACCGCUACCACGCGGUCUCAGCGCCUUUCAAAUACUCGCAGCGCAUGACGCGGAGCAGAACUCUGCUGGUGAUUCUGGCCUACUGGCUUUAUGCUUUUCUCAUAGUGGCUGUUAAUAAUUUGGUGCCUGUGGAGGUUGCUAAAAGAGUGACAGGCUUUGGUGCUUUAGUAGUGAACAUUUUCACCGUCAUUAUCAUGAUUGGGUUGAACGUCAGGCUGUUCUUCAUCGCCAGAUUUCAGCUGGAACGCGAACCCCCGAGCGAGGAACGCGACAACAAGCGCGCGUCCAUUUAUCUCAUCAUAAUAGUGGCCGCGUGUUUUCUGAUCGCGUGGUUGCCUCUUUUUCUUCAUGUUAUUAUAUGCAAUUUUGCGGGGUCUACGUGCUAUACGUUCAGAAAUGAGGGCACAGACCCCCUGCGCAUUUUGGCGCGUCUCAAUGCAGUCAUCACACCAUUACUGUACAUCAGAGGCUGUACUGCACUCAGGAGCACCAUAAUGAUUCAAGUCUGGAGAAUAGCAUGCUACAAGAGGAAAGGGUAAAUCUAUCACACGCGCACACGUGCAGUUUCUCACAGGAAAUCUGAAAAUAUCAGGAAGCCUGAAAAUAAAAAUGUAAUAUUUGUCAAGUCUUUCUACAGUAAACAGCUAUAUCUGUAUAUAUUGAAACAUGUUGUGCUGGUCUGCAGAUUGAAAUCUAGACCAUGAGACAUACAGCAGGCAUUUGUUUGGUAUUGCUCAGUAAAGUCCUCUUCUUCUUUUUUCCAUCCAUUUUCCAACUCGCUUUAUCGUCUGAAGGGUCACUUUCCCAGCGUCUCGGGCCAGUCAGGGGACCCUGAACCGAUCACACACACAUAUUCACACCUAUGGGUGAUUUUACAGUGUCCAGUUCACCUAUGCUGCAUGUCUUUGAGUUGUGGGGGAACUCACACAGACACACGGAGAACAUGCCAACUCUAGACAGAAAGGCUUCUCACUGUGCCACCCUCUUUUUCCCUGAUUUUCCAGGUUAAUCUCAUUUAUU